CACACGACCAUCUAUUUCCCCGCAUUGAACCCGAAAAUGACAGACUAUGAUAUGGACUAUGAGUCCUCAUCGUCAUCUCGAGAUCCAUCCCCAUCGUCGUCGCCGUUAUUGGCACCCAUAGACUCUUCCCCGCCCUCGAGUCCGCAUUUUGAGCCAUAUGUACUAGAUUCCCCACCCCCAACGCGUCUAAGUUUCUCUCAUCCGUUCGCAGCCUCAGCAAAAGCCAACAAACGCCCUCCGCAGCGGGAAAAGAAGGCAGAUACUCCUCCGAGUACACCUCCCGCGUCUGCUCCAACGCCAUUGUCCCGCAGCUCAGUUUACUCUCGCUCACUGGGAGAAAAAGACUACAUGCACGACGACGCGUCAAGUCUCUUCUCUCUAGACUCGACACCUCACCGCACAUCGCAUUACUUUGAUCGCGAUGAGCGAUUAUGGGACGACGCGCUGCGGAAACCCUUCGAUACAGGUAACGGGCACAUAGACCUGAGCAAUCUGGCGCUGAAGAUUAUUCCUGCAUCGAUCGCCGACCUCGCGGGGUUUUUCAACACGACAGAACUAUCCGAGCAAAGUCUAUUCUCUGGACGCGGUAUGUCGCGCGUGAAGACAGAGCCGGCUUUCGAGUCCCGAGUGCGUUCAUUCGAGCGGACAAAGUCCAUCGUAGACUCGGGCAAGGAGCGACAUAUGCUGCAACUCUACCUCUUUGGAAACAGCAUCCACGAUCUUCCUCCUGAGCUUUUCAAGUUGGAAAAUUUGACGGUGUUGAGUCUGCGCGGAAACCUGUUGACAUAUAUUCCUCCGGAGAUAUGUCAUUUGAUCAACUUGAAGGAACUGAAUAUCUCGCUGAACCGCCUGUCAUACCUUCCCUCGGAGAUGCGAGAUAUGAAGCUUUUGAAGCUACAGCUCAACCCCAAUCCUUUUUUGUCCGAGCCUUCCUUCUCCCGCGUCCCCUCUGCCUCUCGUAAUAUCCUGUCUCGGCGGCGGUCCAUGGCUAGAACAUUCUCACAACGCGGGGAGGCAGAGGCGAAUCCAUCGAGAACGAUCACAGUAUCUCCAUCGAGAACGACCACAGUAUCUCCCUUGACGACCUUUCUUUCGCCCGUACCUCCACUCACAGAGAUUUGUUAUCGGAACUUGCUUUGCCCAUUGCAAGGCGACAGCUCUCGGACUGUGCUCAGCGAGUAUUAUGGGGUCCCUCUCCCCGACGUUUGGAACGUGCCAGAAAACGUACGCGCGGUAUUGACGGAGAACGUGCCCGGUAUUUUCAAAUCUGCUGGGUUCCCUCCUGAACCGCGAAAGCAUGGUCGGAGGUCGUCGCAGGGCGCAGGCGGGUGUGCAAACCCGGAACACAAGGGUCGAUUCUUCGUCAGGCACGCUGCGGAGCGAUUCACAUGGGAGCGUCGCGUUGCUGGUGUAGACGUGGGUGGGGCGGUUCCGUUGCGAUGGAGAGGGUGCAUGCAGUCAUGUCUGCGAUUCUUGGAUGAGGAUGCACGACAGGUUAACGCCGUAGAACUGCCACCCACGGAUGCGAGCGAUGCGAUGGAUUUUGACGAGGCGGAGGCCGUGAUGGCAGUGGACUUGGGUGGAGGUGCACUCAGCAUGGAUGAAUUUGAUGACUGAAGGUACAGCACGAACAAUCAAGACACUUCAUUUUGUGACAAAUUUGUACCGUAUCUGUCUCCACCAUCUUGUAACAUACCUCGUACAUCAUACCUUAUAGUGUCAGUGACUAUGCCUUACAGCCGGAAUGUAAUCACUUCGAAUUUAUGCGUUACUUACUAGUGUACGUUGAAUUUGGAACCGUCCGAGAUUCACAGGGACAUUAAUAUUCAUCAUGGGGUCCACAUCAUUCUCAUCUUUUUCCUGAACUGAGAGGAUCGACAGGGGAAAAAAAAACUGGCCGAACG